AUGGACAACAUUGACCAGACUAAACCCGACGUUGAGUCAAUCGAGGUGGUGAAGCCCAUCGCACUGCAGCAACUUCCUCUGCCAGAGGAGUUGGCAUCCUGGGAAAGCAAUGACCUGGAUAACCUUGAGAAAGGUCUUGUGAGAAAGCUGGAUAGCUGCUUGCUACCUGCGGUCAUCAUUCUCUUUUUGAUGAAUAUACUGGAUCGGAACAACAUUGCAAAUGCAAAGAUUGUCGGAUUGCCCGAGACAUUAGGGAUCUCAGACACACAAUACAACACAUGUCUGAUGAUCUUCUAUGUUGGAUACAUCCUCACCCAGCUCCCCUCUAAUCUGAUAAUUACCAAGGUGAAACCAUCUAUCUAUAUUGGCGUGACCACCGCCGCAUGGGGAAUUGUCUCCAUGUGUCAAGCCUUUACACACAAUUUUGCAGGGCUUUUCAUGUGCCGCUUUGUCCUUGGACUAGUGGAAGGACCCUUCUUGCCUGGCGUGUUCUUCUUAAUGUCAUGCUGGUAUAAGAGGUCUGAACUUCCGCCUCGAAUUGCUCUACUCUAUGGUGCGAAUAUGCUUGCGACUGCAUUUGGUGGCUUGAUCGCGGCGGGGAUUGUCGCUCGCAUGCAGGAUAAAAUGGGCAGACCAGCAUGGGAAUGGUUGUUUAUCAUAGAAGGCUCUAUGACCAUUGCAAUUGCCCUGAUGGUCAUUCCCUUUAUUCCGGAUUACCCGGGUUUUACCAAGAGAUGGUGGCUGUCGCGUGAGCACCAGUUGCUAGCAGACUGGCGACUGCGUAACGAAAAUGCCGGACUCGUCGACGAUGAUGCCGACUCUAUGCUCUGGGGCGUCAAACAAGCCUUCCUCGACCCAAAACUAUACAUGUUCGUCGUACUACAGAUGGCCCUUAUAACAGCCCAGUCAUUCAACAACUUCUUUCCAUCCAUUGUCGGUACCCUUGGAUACAACGAUACCAUUACACUCCUGCUCACAGCACCCCCAUACGUCUUUGCGUUCUUCUGCUCUCUAGCAAUAUCAUUCCACGCUGCGUACAAACAGGAACGUGGGUACCAUAUUGCGAUUCCGUUGAUCUUCGCAUUAAUCGGAAACUUGAUGGCUAUGUUCGUUCCGAAAAAUGGUGCGAGAUACUUUAGCAUGUUUCUGAUGACAGCCGGUGCUUACUCGCCAUACAACCUGUGCGUGUCGUGGCUGAGCUCUUCUCUUCCCCGCCCCAAGGCAAAACGUGCGAGUGCAUUGGCCGUUGUUAACCUAAUGGGAGCGGGUGUUGCGCAUUUCUACACCUCCUAUAUGUUCCCUGAUUCUCAGAAGCCGAGAUAUUAUGCUGGCGGGGGAGUUAUGAGUGGCGCCUGUGUAGUGUGUGCGCUGAUGGCACUUGGUAUCAAAUGGCAUCUGAAGAAGCAGAAUAUGGAGCUUGAGAAAGCUGAGUUGGAGGAAGGCAUACUGGCUGGUUCAGUAAUUGCUGGGUCGCGGUAUGGGCAAAGGUCAGAUGGGGUUGUUUCUUUCCGAUAUGUGCAUUAA